GCGCACGCGCAGAGCUCCGAGAGGCCCAGCCGAAGAGCGGGCGGCCGCGGCCGUAACUUACCCCUCCCCUCGUCGCGCACGCCGGGAACCCGUCGCCGCGGCUGCUUCGGCUGCGGCGGUCGGUCGUCGUGAUGGACUGUCCGUGGAAUGAGCUGUCCCUUGCCUUUUCUCGUACUUCCAUGUUUCCCUUUUUUGACAUCGCCCACUACCUGGUGUCGGUGAUGGCACUGAAGCAUCAGCCGGGAGCAGUGGCGGUGGCAUGGAAGAAUCCUCUGUCAAGCUGGUUUACUGCUAUGCUCCACUGCUUUGGUGGAGGAAUUUUAUCUUGUGUACUCCUUGGGGAGCCUCCAUUGAGGUUUCUUGCAAACAGCACUAAUAUAUUACUGGCAUCUUCAAUCUGGUAUAUUGUAUUUUUUUGCCCCCGUGACCUUGUUUCCCAGGGAUAUUCAUUCCUACCUGUUCAACUCUUGGCUGUGGGAAUGAAGGAAGUGACCAGAACUUGGAAAAUAGUAGGUGGAGUCACCCAUGCUAAUAGCUAUUACAAAAAUGGCUGGAUAGUCAUGAUAGCUAUUGGAUGGGCCCGAGGUGCAGGUGGUAGCAUUAUCACGAAUUUUGAGCAGUUGGUAAAAGGCUGUUGGAAACCAGAAGCUGAUGAAUGGCUGAAGAUGUCCUACCCUGCCAAGGUAACCCUGCUGGGGUCAGUUAUCUUCACAUUCCAGCAAACCAAUCAUCUGGCAAUAUCAAGGCAUAAUCUUAUGUUCCUCUAUACUAUGUUUCUUGUGGCCACAAAGAUAACCAUGAUGCUUACAGAGACUUCUGUUAUGCCUUUUGCUUUUUUUGAGGAUACAUUGAGUUGGAUGCUGUUUGGCUGGCAGCAGCUGUUUUCAUCAUGUGAAAAGAGAAGUGAAACAAACUCGUUUCUCAGUGGUACUGGUUCAUCGACCUCAAAACCUAUAGCUGAUGCUUCAGAUAAAGUUCAUAAGAAGCAUACUAAAAAGACUAAAUUUACUUGAUGAACUUCAUAAGGCAAAAAAUUUUCUGUCUUAUCUACCUGUCAGAUUGUGAUAAAUAUUUCUAUGUAAAUGAUGUAAAAUAAAGAUUAUAUAUAAGGAUUGGAGGUGACAAAAAGAACGAACUUCUUUCUGUUUCAGGGAGACUCUCCCUUUCUGGAUUGUAAUUUCCUGAGUGUUAUGAGUGUAUCAUGUGAAAUGGUUUUUCUAAGUUAUAUAUAAAAGAUUCUAUUGUGAUUUUUAAAACAGUUUUAUAUUGAUAAAAGCCUAGUGUUUUUGAAUGUUAGAAAAAGUAAACCUACUGUCAUUGCAAAAUAACAAAAAUUAAAGUUAUUGUUUAAUCUAGA